AUGACACUGACGGCGGUGCAGCUGCGGGUGGAGCCCAGUGAGGUGGCCAUGGCCGUGUAUGCUUUGGUCGCCUACUUCAUCCUGUACUUUGUGUUCUUGAGCAACCAGUCUGCCACCAGCCAGCUGUUGGUGCGCAAGUAUAAGAAGCGCCAGGAGAAGUUUGUCAAGUACUACAAUACCAAAGAUCCGAGUCAGCUGACCGCCGAUCGUGCUGUUGGCAACAUGCUCGAGCAGAUGCCCGUCUUUUUGACUGGAUAUUUCGCCGCAAUGGUCACGGCAGCCAUGGCUGGCGAAUCCUUCCGCUGGGUCAAUUAUGCUGCUUUUGCCUACACCGCCUCGCGAAGCAUGUACCUGGUGGCCUUCAAGAAUAAUGCCUCAGCGGCAGGCAUCAAGCCGGGCAUCCUCCUGGCUACACUGCCAGGUUACGUCGUCAUCCUGUACCACUUUUAUUUUGCCGUUACAACCGUGACAGCCAUGUAG